AUGGGCCUCGAAACACGUCUCCAUGCGGUAUUCAGCCAGAUGAUCGCGAUUAAAAUACUUAACCAGCUGCGUGCAUCUCAACACCCCUUCAUUCACGAGUUUGUCAAGAACAUUGAGAGUACCGCUUCCGCCGCAAAUACCCUGUCAUUCCACGGAUACGCCGAGAUGGCCACCGAGAAGGAUCCAAAAGGGGACGCUAAAAAGGAGCUUGAAUGCAAUAAGGGGCCUGAUAGUUCUCUACAUCACGAAUCCGCCAGAUUUCCGGGUAUCGUUAUCGAGGUCGCGCACUCACAGCGAAAGGAAGACCUUCCCAUCCUUGCAGAAGAAUAUAUCGUGGGUAGCAAGGGCAGUAUCCGUUGUGUUAUUGGCUUCAAAUUUCCAUACCCAACAGGGAAACAGGCUACGGUAUCAAUGUGGCGAUCAAAGUUCACUCCCUCAGGAACAGGGAAGGUGAAAUUAGCCGUUGAGCAAAUAGUGAAAGAAGAGGUUUUCUGCGACAAGAAUGGUGUCCCAAAUACCGAUUUCUCAGGACUCUGUCUCUCCCUUGAGUAUCUCGCACCAACUAGGGCGAUAGCUGAACAGAUCAAUGAUCUACCUGAGCACCUCACCAAGGUUCAGAUCACACCAUCACAACUCUGUACAUAUUUCGAACGGGCACUGAGGCAUCAAAACAGCAGUGAGCAGGGUGUGGAUUUUGUCGACGACGAAGUUGAACUGCCACAGCUACAGCAUCCUCGAUAUCCUUCCCCAGAAGAAGUUUCUGGCGCACGGUUGAGACAAUUCGAGGAAGAGGAGAAGAGGGAAGAACUGUGA